CAAAAUAGUGUUUUUAGCCCCCGCACAUGGCGAGCAGAAGGAAUAAAAAACAUGUCAUGUUAUGCAGUUCACACUUUGGAGUGACAGCCAAACGUCUAUAAAGAAACAUGGCCGGGAACAUAAAAGAUAAAGAAGCAUAUCAACGCCUGAACUUCCUCUAUCAGGCUGCUCACUGCGUUUUGGCUCAAAAUCCAGAGAAUAUUGAACUAGCAAGAUUUUACUGCUUCACUCAGAAGACCAUCUCUAAACGACUGGUGCUCAGACAAGAUCCAUCAGUGAAGAGAACCAUUUGCAAGAAAUGUUGCACUUUACUGGUACCAGGUGUCACAUCCACUGUAAGACAAAAAAGAGGACCAAGACGACAACGCAAGACUAUUGUACGGUGUUUAAGUUGUGGACUGACCAAACGGUUCCCAAACAACCCUAAAUAUAAAUUGUGGGUGGAUCAACCGGAGGCUCAGCUAGAAAACCAGACAUCACAAGUUGCUGGUCCUUCAUCUAAGUCCACAACCCAAGGGAAGAAAUCGGAUAUUUCAAGUGGUUCAGCGUCCACAACCGCGAAGAAUUCGUCUGCAGCUCAAACAAAUCUGACUAAUCCUUCAUGACACUCACUUUGAGACUGAACACAUACAUUAAUAUGGCUUGUUUAACAAAGUGGAUGUUUUUUUAAAUUAGAAUUAUAGUUUUUUUUUUUUUUUUGCAGCCAGUUUUUACUUUCCUGACAGAAUGGGCUAAAUGGUUUUCCUUCCGCAUUGAAUGGAUGUUUUGAAUUGCAAUUAAGUAUUCACAAUGUAAAAGGCUGAUUUACAUUGCUAAUGACUUUUUCCUGUACUUUUUUUUUUUUGCAUCCUUAAAUAUAAUUGAACUCUGCACGACUUCCUUCUAAAGAAGCGUUUGCUUUUAUCACCGGGAGCGUUUGGAAACCUGGUGGGAAUUCAGUUGACUACAUAAAAAUGUAUUGAUCUACUGUUACUAAAUUAUCUCUUUAUCCGAA